AUGCCUCACUCGCACCGUCUCCUUCCCAACCCCCUUUUCCAUUCCUGUAACAUUUACACCCUCUUUCAAUUCAGCAAGCCAUUUCUCAUUUCUGCUGCGCUAAUUGGAAGUUACAGAAACGCUUUCAAGAGCGUUCACAUUCGGAUCUCAACCUUCUCUUCCAUGUCUCACCGUCCCAAUUUCCAAGGUGGUCGUCGCGGCGGCGGUGGCCGUGGAGGAGGCGGUGGAGGUGGCCGUGGGCGAGGUGGAGGCCGUGGAGGCGGUGGCGGAGAGCAGCGCUGGUGGGACCCUGUCUGGAGAGCCGAGCGCCUCCGCCAAAAAGCCGCCGAUAUGGAGCUGAUGGAUCAGAAUGAAUGGUGGGGGAAGAUGGAUCAAUUGAAGAGAGGUGGAGAUCAGGAGAUGGUAAUAAGGCGGAACUUCAGUAGAGAUGAUCAGCAAAUCUUAGCUGAUAUGGCAUAUGAGUUGGGGCUUUACUUCCAUGCAUACAACAAAGGGAAGGCACUCGUGGUGAGCAAAGGUCCAUUGCCAAAUUACCGUGCAGAUCUAGACGAGCAUCAUGGAUCAACAAAGAAAGAGAUUAAAAUGUCAACUGACAUUGAGAGAAAAGUUGGAAAUCUACUGAAUAGUUCCACUGUAAAGGCAUCAGUUGAGACUUCGUCUUCUACAUCCCGGGAGACUGUCAAAGUAACGGCUAAUAGACUUGAAGAGGGGAGACCUUUGUCAGUAUUGGAGAUUGAUACUGCCUCUGAGAAACUUAAUAUUGAACUAAAAGAACGACAGGAAAAGAUGAGGGAGAGUGGAAGUGUUAAGAAAAUGCUAGCAUUUAGAGAAAAGCUUCCGGCAUUUAAAGUAAAAUCGGAAUUUGUGAAAGCUGUUGCAGCAAAUCAGGUACUGGUAGUUUCAGGAGAGACGGGGUGUGGGAAAACUACCCAACUUCCCCAAUUCAUUCUAGAAGAGGAGAUAUCAUCUUCACGUGGUGCUAAUUGUAGCAUAAUAUGCACCCAGCCUCGUAGAAUAUCUGCAAUAUCAGUGGCAGGUCGAAUAUCCUCAGAAAGGGGAGAGAAGCUUGGUGAAACUGUAGGUUAUCAGAUACGACUGGAAUCAAAGCGAUCUGCUGAAACAAGGUUGCUGUUUUGCACUACUGGAGUCUUACUUCGGCAGCUGGUCCAGGACCCAGAUUUAACUGGUAUUACCCAUUUGCUGGUGGAUGAAAUCCAUGAAAGAGGCAUGAAUGAGGACUUCCUAUUGAUAAUAUUGCGAGACCUCCUUCCUCGUCGCCCUGACCUUCGUCUUAUUCUGAUGAGUGCCACUAUUAAUGCGGACUUGUUUUCCAAAUUCUUCGGAAAUGCUCCUGCUAUCCAUAUUCCUGGAUUGACCUUUCCUGUGACAGAGUUAUACUUAGAAGAUGUAUUAGAGAAAACUCGCUAUACUAUCGAAUCACAGUUUGACAAUUUUCAGGGAAACUCACGGAGAAGGCAGCGACAACAGGAGACUAAAAAGGAUCCUUUAACAGAAUUGUUUGAGGAUGUGGACAUAGAUUCUCACUACAAAAGCUACAGCUCAAGCACAAGAAAAUCUCUUGAAGCUUGGUCUGGAUCUCAGCUGGAUUUGGGUCUGGUGGAAGCAACAAUUGAGUAUAUCUGUCGCCAUGAAAGUGAUGGGGCAAUCCUUGUCUUCCUUACUGGUUGGGAUGACAUUUCAAAGCUUCUCGAAAAAAUUAAAGUGCACAAUAUUCUUGGAGAUCCGAAUAAGUUUUUAGUUCUUCCUCUUCACGGUUCAAUGCCUACAAUAAAUCAACGCGAAAUUUUUGAUCGACCUUCCCAAAAUGUGAGAAAAAUUGUACUAGCUACCAACAUUGCCGAAAGUAGUAUCACCAUAGAUGAUGUUGUGUAUGUCAUCGACUCUGGAAAGGCAAAGGAGACCAGUUAUGAUGCUCUUAAUAAGCUGGCUUGCCUAUUACCUUCAUGGAUUUCCAAGGCAUCAGCACACCAGAGGCGUGGUCGUGCGGGACGUGUGCAACCUGGAGUUUGCUAUAGAUUGUAUCCUAAAAUGAUCCACGAUGCUAUGCCACAAUAUCAACUACCUGAAAUGCUUCGGACACCUCUUCAAGAGCUAUGUCUGCAUAUCAAGACUUUACAGCUUGGAGCAAUUGGUUCAUUUUUGGCUAAGGCACUUCAGCCACCAGAUCCCCUUUCUGUUCAAAAUGCCAUUGAGCUUCUCAAAACAAUUGGAGCUCUAGAUGAUAGGGAAGAGCUCACUCCUCUUGGUCGGCAUCUCUGUACUUUGCCUUUGGACCCGAACAUUGGAAAAAUGCUUCUCAUGGGUUCCAUCUUCCAGUGCCUUAAUCCUGCAUUAACAAUAGCUGCUGCUCUUGCACAUCGGGACCCUUUUGUCCUUCCAUUAAAUAGGAAAGAGGAAGCUGAUGCUGCCAAGAGAUCCUUUGCUGGUGAUUCUUGCAGUGACCACAUUGCUCUUCUCAAAGCUUUUGAAGGAUGGAAAGACGCUAAACGUAAUGGAAAGGAAAGAGCUUUCUGCUGGGAAAACUUUUUGUCACCCAUAACCUUGCAAAUGAUGGAUGAUAUGAGACUUCAAUUUCUAGAUCUACUGUCAGAUAUUGGGUUUGUAGAUAAAUCCCGAGGAGCCCAAGCGUACAACCAAUAUAGUCUUGAUUUGGAGAUGGUAUGUGCAAUACUUUGUGCUGGACUCUACCCAAAUGUCAUUCAGUGCAAAAGAAGGGGAAAGCGAACAGCACUCUACACUAAAGAAGUUGGGAAGGUUGAUAUUCAUCCAGCAUCUGUCAAUGCUGGCGUUCAUCUAUUUCCUCUUCCUUACAUGGUCUAUAGUGAAAAGGUCAAAUCUAGUAGCAUUUACGUAAGGGGCUCUACAAACAUAUCAGAUUACGCUCUGCUGAUGUUUGGUGGUAAUCUUAUUCCGACCAAAAGUGAGGAUGGUAUUGAAAUGCUUGGUGGAUACCUUCACUUUUCUGCAUCAAAAACGGUGUUAGAUUUAAUACAGAAACUGCGUGGAGAGCUUGACAGGCUUCUAAAGAGGAAGAUUGAGGAUCCAGGGCUUGACGUAGCAGUUGAGGGAAAGGGCGUUGUUGCAGCAGUUGUUGAGUUGCUGCACAGUCAAAACGUCCGGUAUUAG